UCUACCAGCCCAGCCUUGAGUCGGCAAGACCACCUAUAAAUAGCCUAUCAUUCACGCCUUUCUUCCUCACUCAGAAUCUGAAUUUCUCAUAAUAUAAUUUCUUCUUUUCCUUUUCAUAUCAAUCGAUCGUUCUCAAUUCUCUCUCAAGAUGCAGAUCUUUGUGAAAACCCUCACAGGAAAGACGAUUACCCUCGAGGUCGAAUCAUCUGAUACCAUCGACAACGUAAAGGCUAAGAUCCAGGACAAGGAGGGAAUUCCUCCGGAUCAACAACGCUUGAUCUUCGCCGGCAAGCAACUGGAGGACGGCCGUACCCUAGCCGAUUACAACAUCCAGAAGGAAUCCACCCUCCAUCUUGUUCUACGUCUGCGUGGUGGCAUGCAGAUCUUCGUCAAGACAUUGACGGGGAAGACCAUUACCCUCGAGGUUGAAUCCUCCGACACCAUCGACAACGUGAAGGCCAAGAUCCAGGACAAAGAAGGAAUCCCUCCGGAUCAGCAAAGGCUCAUCUUUGCCGGAAAGCAGCUUGAGGACGGCAGGACCCUCGCCGAUUACAACAUCCAGAAGGAAUCCACCCUCCAUCUCGUAUUACGUCUGCGUGGUGGUAUGCAGAUCUUUGUUAAGACAUUGACUGGAAAGACCAUUACCCUCGAGGUUGAAUCCUCCGACACCAUCGAUAACGUCAAGGCCAAGAUCCAGGACAAGGAAGGCAUCCCUCCGGAUCAGCAGAGACUCAUCUUCGCCGGCAAGCAGCUGGAAGACGGCAGGACCCUGGCCGAUUACAACAUCCAGAAGGAAUCCACUCUCCACCUAGUCCUACGUCUGCGCGGUGGUAUGCAGAUCUUCGUCAAGACAUUGACUGGAAAGACCAUUACCCUCGAGGUCGAAUCCUCCGACACCAUCGACAACGUCAAGGCCAAGAUCCAGGACAAGGAAGGCAUCCCUCCGGAUCAGCAAAGGCUCAUCUUCGCUGGUAAGCAGCUGGAGGACGGCAGGACCCUGGCCGAUUAUAACAUUCAGAAGGAAUCCACUCUCCAUCUAGUCCUACGUCUGCGUGGUGGUAUGCAGAUCUUCGUCAAGACAUUGACGGGGAAGACCAUCACCCUCGAAGUUGAGUCCUCCGACACCAUCGACAACGUCAAGGCCAAGAUCCAGGACAAAGAAGGGAUCCCUCCGGAUCAGCAGAGACUCAUCUUCGCCGGCAAGCAGCUGGAGGACGGCAGGACCCUGGCUGAUUACAACAUCCAGAAAGAAUCCACCCUUCACCUGGUACUACGUCUUCGAGGUGGGAUGCAGAUCUUCGUCAAGACCCUUACAGGGAAGACUAUCACCCUCGAGGUUGAGUCAUCUGAUACUAUCGAUAAUGUCAAGGCAAAGAUCCAGGAUAAGGAGGGUAUUCCUCCAGAUCAGCAGAGGCUGAUCUUUGCCGGGAAGCAGCUUGAGGAUGGUAGGACACUUGCAGAUUACAAUAUCCAAAAGGAAUCCACCCUUCACUUGGUCCUUCGUCUUCGUGGUGGUAUGCAAAUUUUUGUGAAGACUCUCACAGGGAAGACGAUAACUUUGGAGGUGGAAAGUUCUGAUACCAUUGAUAAUGUGAAGGCAAAGAUUCAGGAUAAGGAGGGAAUUCCCCCAGACCAGCAGAGGUUGAUCUUUGCCGGGAAGCAGUUGGAGGAUGGCCGGACUCUUGCUGAUUACAACAUCCAGAAGGAAUCAACCCUUCACCUUGUCCUGCGUCUUCGUGGUGGAUUCUGAGAAUUGUCAUCUCUGUCUGGUUGGUUGUUUGGUGUUUUAAGAUUGUGUUUUCUGUGUUGGUGUUGCGUUUAAUAAGUUUCUUUGUUAUGUGGUAUUAUGUUGUAAGACUUUAAAGGAAGGGGGGUUUCCCUUACAAAUUUCGUAAUGUUUCUAUUUGGUGUGUACUGAAAAUGUGCGUCUUGUUGAUUUAUGCUGAUGAAAUGUAUAAUAGGGUCAAGCUGUUUGUUCAUUAAGAUCCUGUUUGACUC